AUGGAGCCAGUUCCCGAGACAGAGCGUAUGGAGGAGUUCCGUCCUACUCCUACACCAGCACCCGCACCUGUAUCUGCCUCUGCCUCUGCCUCUGCCUCUGCAUCUGCUUCCUCAUCAUUGUCUGCUUCACCCUCACUCUCUCCAGGGUAUCCAUCGCUGCGACUUCAGAGCCCCAGCGCCUUUUCCAACCUCAGCAUCGAAUUGCCUCGAAAGCCGCCAAACCUGAGACGAAGCACCGACCCCAGUCCGACAUCGCCAGCUUCACCAUCUUGGUCUGCCACACCCUUCCUUCCGUAUCGACCACGCACCACUUCUCCGCUCUCAGGCGCUCAUUCUAGGUCUCGUUCUACGACGAGUCUUGCGCCCCCAAUGUCUCGUACUCAAUCCAUGCCAGGCGUCAAUGGAUCAGGCCAUAUUCUUUUUUCGCCCCAGCACCGUCCUGGAAGCCCCUCUGGAUCUCCUAGCAGAGUCCGCAUUCCACGAAAGCCUGUCGACGAAGCUUUCCCGCCAAUUUCUCCAGUUCGAACUUCAGUUCUCGAACCUGAGCAAAUGCAUGAGCGACGAAGUACCUCUCCCAUCAUGGGCGUUUCCACAAGCACCCCCGCCCGACUACGACGGCCAUCUUCUCCUCUUCGAACAUUCACAUCUUCGAGCACUGGCUCUCUAGGCACAUUUCCAUCAACACCAUCCUCUUCUAUUUCCUCAACAUCCUCUUAUCGAAGCUACGAUGCCCUUUCCGGAAGCUAUGGCACAACUUACUCGUCGGUUCCCUCCACGCCAACGUCGACCAGGUCCCGAAGCCCCAGCAUCUCCAGCUUGGAAACAAUUCCGGACACACCUGAUGCUGAAGAAGCAGCGCUGGAAGCUGAAAGAAUUGCCCAGCUCAAGGCCGAUGCAGAUGCUGCAGAGGGAAAUGAAUCCUCCGACCUGAAAGGAAAGGAUGGCCAGACGCGAGGCCGUACGAUGGGUUUCGGCUCUAGAGACAAGCGAAAGCGUUGGAGUGUGUGCGGUGCUGAGCGAAGAGGAGAUCUCGACCUUGAGACCAUCUGGGAGGACUGA